CUGAAGAAGAAAAAAGAAUACCGGGAAUCAUGAACUUGAAUCUUGACGAGCACUUCAAGCAGUCCCAGGGCCAAGAGGCAAGUUCUUCGUGCGAUACUGAACACCGCAAACGCCAUAAGUCGCUCGACGAUGAGAAUACUUCAAGGACGCGUCAAGCGCUUGACAUCGAGCCAAAGAAGAGUCGGAUCGAGUUUUUAAACUUGGAGAGUCUCCGUUAUAGACCAAGUCGAAGCUAUUAUACAAAGCGACAUCUGCAUCGCACUGCAGGACCCAAGCCACUGGUCUCGAAGACUAUGGAGGAUGCUCUUGCCAAGAACCCAUCUCUCGCAAAGACGCGUCGCUCAUUGCUCAAAAGAUUUGAGGCUACCAUCGAAAAGCCAAUGGAGUCGGUAGUGGCCCAAUAUGAUCCUAUCGCAGGGCUGUCCAAGACCUUGGCUAGACUUGAAAUAUUCCAGUCAAUGGAUAUCGAUAAGGAGGAAUAACCGAUUUACACACA